AGAGCUGUUCAGUCAUUGCUCAACAAGCUGAUGAGAAGCAACCUUGUGAACAACACCAAUCAAUUGGAGGUCUUACAGCGGGACCCGAAUUCCCCCCUCUAUUCAGUGAAGUCUUUUGAAGAGCUUCAGCUGAAGCCACAGCUUCUGCAAGGGGUCUAUGCCAUGGGCUUUAACCGGCCAUCUAAGAUACAAGAGAGCGCACUACCCAUGAUGCUUGCUAAACCCCCACAGAACCUGAUUGCCCAGUCUCAGUCUGGUACUGGUAAAACAGCGGCCUUUGUCCUGGCUAUGCUCAGCCAAGUGGAACCACUGAACAGAUACCCCCAGUGUUUGUGCCUCUCACCCACUUAUGAGCUGGCUCUUCAGACGGGAAAGGUGAUCGAGCAGAUGGGCAAAUUUUAUCCAGACCUUAAGCUGGCCUAUGCUGUUCGAGGCAACAAGUUGGAAAGAGGUCAGACAAUCAGUGAGCAGAUUGUAAUUGGCACCCCUGGCACCGUUCUGGAUUGGUGCUCCAAGCUGAAAUUCAUCAACCCCAAAAAGAUCAAGGUGUUUGUUCUGGAUGAAGCUGAUGUGAUGAUCGCUACCCAAGGGCAUCAGGAUCAGAGCAUCCGCAUCCAGAGGAUGCUACCUAAGGACUGUCAGAUGCUGCUUUUCUCUGCCACCUUCGAAGAUUCUGUGUGGAGGUUUGCUCAGAAAGUUGUUCCAGACCCCAACAUCAUCAAACUGAAGCGAGAAGAGGAAACUUUAGAUAACAUUAAGCAGUAUUACGUUUUGUGCAAUAACCGGGACGAGAAGUUCCAGGCCCUCUCUAAUCUCUAUGGGGCCAUCACCAUUGCACAAGUCAUGAUUUUCUGUCAUACCCGCAAAACAGCUGGUUGGCUGGCAGCUGAACUAUCCAAAGAAGGCCACCAGGUGGCGCUUCUGAGUGGCGAGAUGAUGGUGGAACAGAGAGCUGCUGUGAUUGAGCGUUUCCGGGAGGGCAAGGAGAAAGUGUUGGUGGCUACCAAUGUGUGUGCCCGAGGUAUUGAUGUGGAACAGGUGUCUGUGGUCAUCAACUUUGACCUGCCAGUGGACAAGGAUGGGAAUCCAGACAAUGAGACCUACCUCCAUCGGAUUGGGCGCACAGGGCGCUUUGGCAAGCGAGGCCUGGCCGUGAACAUGGUGGACAGCAAGCACAGCAUGAAGGUUCUCAACAGAAUCCAAGAACAUUUCAAUAAGAAGAUAGAGAGAUUGGACACUGAUGAUUUGGAUGAGAUUGAGAAAAUAGCCAACUGA